AUGUACUGUUGUAAUAAUUGUGAAUAUAAAUGUAUUAGAAAAAGUAAGUUGCAAACACAUAUGAAAAUACACACCGGUGAAAAACCUUUUUCGUGUAAUAUCUGUGAAUAUAGAUGUAUUAGAAAAACUGAUUUUCAAACCCAUAUGAAAAUACACACCGGUGAAAAACCUUUUUCGUGUAAAAUCUGUGAAUAUAGAUGUAUUACAAAAAGUCGUUUGCAAGAACAUAUGAAAAUACACACCGGUGAAAAACCUUUUUCGUGUAAUAUAUGUGAAUAUAGAUGUAUUAGAAAAACUGAUUUUCAAACCCAUAUGAAAAGACACACCGGUGAAAAACCUUUUUCGUGUAAUUUCUGUGAAUUUAGAUGUAUUACAAAAAGUCAUUUGCAAACCCAUAUGAAAAUACAUACUGGAGAAAAACCGUUUUCGUGUAAUAUCUGUGAAUAUAGAUGUGUUAGAAAAAGUAGUUUGCAAACCCAUAUGAAAAUACAUACUGGAGAAAAACCGUUUUCGUGUAAUAUCUGUGAAUGUAGAUGUAUUACAAAAAGUCGUUUGCAAACCCAUAUGAAAAUACAUACUGGAGAAAAACCUUUUUCAUGUAAUAGCUGUGAAUAUAGAUGUAUUACAAAAAGUGAUUUGCAAACUCAUAUGAAAAUACAUACUGGAGAAAAACCUUUUUCGUGUAAUAUCUGUGAAUAUAGAUGUAUUACAAAAAGAAAUUUUCAAAGACAUAUGAUAAUACACACCGGUGAAAAACCUUUUUCGUGUAAUAUCUGUGAAUAUAGAUGUAUUACAAAAAGUCGUUUGCAAAACCAUAUGAAUAUACAUACUGGAGAAAAAUCUUUUUCGUGUAAUAUCUGUGAAUAUAGAUGUAUUACAAAAAGUCGUUUGCAAACCCAUAUGAAUAUACAUACUGGAGAAAAACCUUUUUCAUGUAAUAUCUGUGAAUAUAGAUGUAUUACAAAAGGAAAUUUCCAAAGACAUAUGAAAAUACACACUGGUGAAAAGCCUUUUUCGUGUAAUAUCUGUGAACAUAGAUUUAUUAGAAACUAUGAUUUGCAAAGACAUUUAAAAACACACACUGGCGCAAAACAUUUUUCGUGA